UGAAUGUAAACCACCCCACCACCACCUUCUCCCAAUGUCUAUUAUCUUAAAAAAUCCUACACAUCUCUCCCUAUAUAAAGCGUUAAUCCCCCCCUCCCCCAGUUUCCUUCUCCAAGCCAAAACCCCUUUCUAUCUCUCUCUCUCUUUACUCUUUUCCUCUCCUCUCUUCUCCAAAGAAGGGAAUUAACCAUGGUGCUCUCCAAGACCGCGUCAGAGUCGGACGUCUCGGUCCACUCCACCUUCGCCUCUCGCUACGUCCGAACCGCCCUUCCAAGGUUUCGGAUGCCGGAGAACUCGAUACCCAAGGAGGCCGCGUAUCAGAUCAUCAACGAUGAGCUGAUGCUGGACGGAAACCCCCGGCUCAACCUCGCAUCGUUCGUGACCACAUGGAUGGAGCCGGAGUGCGAUAAGCUCAUCAUGGCUGCCAUCAACAAGAAUUACGUCGAUAUGGACGAAUAUCCCGUCACCACCGAGCUCCAGAACCGGUGUGUGAAUAUGAUUGCCCACCUCUUCAAUGCUCCUCUUGGGGAGUCGGAGGUGGCGGUAGGAGUCGGAACUGUGGGCUCCUCCGAAGCCAUAAUGCUCGCUGGAUUAGCCUUCAAGAGGAAAUGGCAGAACAAGAGAAAGGCUGAGGGAAAACCAUAUGACAAGCCCAACAUUGUCACUGGUGCCAAUGUCCAAGUUUGCUGGGAAAAAUUCGCUAGGUACUUCGAAGUGGAACUGAAGGAAGUGAAACUGAGGGAUGGCUAUUAUGUCAUGGACCCUGAGAAGGCAGUGGACUUGGUGGAUGAGAACACCAUUUGUGUCGCUGCAAUCCUCGGUUCAACACUCAAUGGAGAAUUUGAGGAUGUCAAGCUCCUGAAUGACCUACUAGAAAAGAAGAACAAGCAAACAGGUUGGGAUACACCAAUCCAUGUAGAUGCUGCAAGCGGUGGAUUCAUUGCCCCAUUCUUGUACCCUGACCUUGAAUGGGACUUUAGGCUACCACUGGUGAAGAGCAUUAAUGUCAGCGGGCACAAAUAUGGUCUUGUGUAUGCUGGCAUUGGAUGGGUCAUCUGGAGGAGCAAGGAGGACUUGCCUGAAGAACUCAUCUUCCACAUCAACUAUCUUGGAGCUGAUCAACCAACAUUCACCCUAAACUUUUCCAAAGGCUCUAGCCAAGUCAUUGCGCAGUACUAUCAGCUAAUUCGCUUGGGAUUUGAGGGAUACAGGAAUAUAAUGGAGAACUGUCAAGAGAAUGCCAUGGUGCUUAAGAGAGGCCUUGAGAGCACUGGCAAGUUCAACAUUAUCUCGAAGGACAAUGGUGUACCUCUAGUGGCAUUCUCAUUGAAAGACCGGAGCCGGCAUGAUGAGUUUGAGGUGUCGGACUUCCUGCGGAGGUUUGGGUGGAUUGUGCCGGCAUACACAUUGCCACCUGAUGCACAGCAUAUUACAGUGCUGCGUGUUGUCAUCAGGGAGGACUUCAGCCGUACGCUCGCGGAGCGACUUGUGCUCGACAUUGAGAAGGUUCUGCAUGAGCUCGAUGCGCUGCCUUCCAAGGUACUAAUGCCACCAGUGAUCGAUGGGGUGAAAGAGAAUGGGACUGUGAUCAAGAAGGGUGCACUUGAGGUGCAGAGGUCGGUCACAGAAGCAUGGAAGAAGUUUGUCAUGGCCAAGAAGACCAAUGGUGUUUGCUAAAAGUAAAUUAAUGCUAACUAUAUGAUUUAGAGAUUUUGUUUGACCUAUAUUGGUGUCGUAGAGGGCAAGACAAAGUCUGCGGCUUCUGCUACAGAUUUUUCUUGUCUCUAUUGGAUGUUUUCCUUUUGCUUUUCUUUUUCCACAAAUAAGCAAAAAUGGAAGUAGAAAUGAGAAGUCUCCAUUUUCGAGGUAACAGAA